GCGAGACGGCGCAGCUCAUUGGCUGCGGGGCGCGAGCCGCUGCAGCCCUCUUGAUUCGCGCGGGUCGUUGGAGCGGCGCUUCGAUCUUCUGCUUCGAGUCAUUCGUGGAUAGCAACGGCGGGCGGCCGGGCGGGCGCGCUCGCCGCCGCCGCCAUCUUAGAGCGUUUAUCCCGCCUUAUUCGCACAGGGGUCUUGGGGUGGGGGAGAAGGAGGCCGCGUCGACCCCCUGCAUCUAUUCUAUACGGCAAAGAAAGUCGCCUCGCUUGUUACCUUUCUUCAGCAAGUUUUUCGGAUAAAGUUUCGGGGGCGGGGCGCUAUGGUUGAAUAGGAUAAGAGGGAACCGUUAAAAUGUCAACCACCGUGGCGGGUUUAUUACUAGAUGUGUUGCUUACGGUAUCCUUUUUUUGUUUUGUUUAUAAACAUUUGUUUUAGUCAGCUUGCGUUGUCUGGUUUGCUGGUCCCGUUUCCCAAUUAGCAAAGGUUCAAAAUGACGAGGAGAUCCAGGGUUGUAUCGCAGAUGCCUCCUGUUCUAGGAGUAACCACGAAGGAGCAAUGGAAGUAUUCCCGGAUGAAGUGGAAUUCAAACUUGGCCCAUCCAUGGAUGGGCUUAGUUCAGGUUAUACCAGUAUAUAGCUUCGAGAUGCUCCCACUUAAUUCCAAAACAUCCUAACGCUCAUGCGCGAUAUUUCCAUUUCUUGGGAUUUUUUGCGGGUGUGGGAGUAGCAGAGUCAAAAUGUAGAGUAUAUGCGCACUUUUUAUCUUUUAGACCAGCCUUCUCCAAUCUGGUUGUAAUCAGACAUAUGGUGGGUACCAGUUUCGGGGUAUUCCAGUCUUUCCACUGACAUUCCUGUGAACACACUGAAGAGUCUAAGAAUACACUUAAGAGGAUAAGAUCACUGUAUGAUGAAUUUGCUGUCUAGGUAGUAAGAGAAUGAUGUGUAAACAGGAGUGUCCCUAUUCAGCCAUUCUGGAACAGGAGCCUGGUUCUGCUGUUUGAGUUUUGUAGAGGAGUUGUUAUCCUUCUGAAACCUUCCUUUGCUGUCCUGUGUAAUACUACAGUAAGCCUGCCUGUUUGAGCACUUGGUGGACUGAGGGUGUACAUUCCUUCCCCCUUAAUUCCAAGAUACAUUAAGCUAUUAAAACCUCAACUAGGUAUUCCUGUUUUCUCACUCCCUCCUGCCAUCCCUUGACCAAUACCAUGGAUUGGAAGUUUACCUACAGAAAACAGUGGCAAAAUUUAGAAUUUUAAAAGAGCUUUCAUUGGGUCAUACUGUGUCCAGGCUCUUAGAAAACAAAACAUAGCAGGAAAGACAGGAAUGAAUUUGGAGAUGAACCCUCUGGGCAGUAAGAUGCAUUACUCUCUUGUUUCUAUGCUCAGUGUUCUUUAGCUGUGGCUGUAGAAUGGCCUCUCCUGUAGCUUGGGGCAAGGUAUACUACAUAAUGGGUUUCAGAAUGACCUAUUUCUUUUUUCUUCCCCAAGAGAUGGUGUUCAGGAACCUUCUAUCAGUUGGUGGAGAUUGAAUGUAUGAAUAUUAAUCUAAUUUUUAAAUGCAUAGGUACUGUGUCAGUCAGUGACUAGUAGAGAGAACAUGGCCCCACCCACUGUUCUUUUCUUUUGAAAGGGUCAUUUUUCAACCUAGGUAGUGGGUGGGGGUGAUCUUGAGUUAAUUAGUAAAGACUUACCUUUUCACAUACUAUUUUUGGUUGUGACUUAGAGUUUUUGAAACAACCAUCUGUUUGACAUUCAACCCCCCUGUAUGCACUUGUAGGCAGUUCAUUAUUUUGAUCUGUUAAUGGCAACAGUAUUAAGUGCUGGAAGAAACCAUGCUCAAAUAACAAGGUGGCCUCUGCCUUGUAUUUAGCAACAAUAAAUCUUUCAGGGAAAAGUCCUUUGAUAGUGAAUCACAGUUAAAGUAAUAAGUAUUUGUUCAACCACUUUUUUCUGCAUGUACCAUAUGGAACCUAUCUUUUUUCUUUUAGUUCAAUUACUUGCAAGAAGCUUUAUAUCAACUUAAAACUCAAUUGCUGCUUAACAUUUACACAAUAUUUAAUAGUGCUUCUGUAUUUGAAGGGCAGGUUUUAUUUACUGAUUAGUUUUGCCUCUGUCUUGCAAAGACUUAGCAACUUUUGGUAUUAAUUGCUUAUUACUUUCUUUUACAGAAGUAGUUCACUGUAAUUUUGAGUUUGGCUUGCCAAUUACAUUUUGGUUCCCAUUAUGUUAAUAGAAAAUCCAUUCCCUCAAGCAUAUUUCUGUCAUGUUUUAAUUUUAAGCUUAUAUAACUUGUCCAAGCAUGAAUUGAAAAUGCAUGAUGCACUAUGCUUGCUGAAAUUAAGUGAUACUACUAAGAAUCUCAAGCAUGCCACCUUUAUUUGCUUUGUACCCUACCUUUCUGCCAAGAAAACUGGCACUCAAGGCAAACCAUGUGCAUAAAUAAAACCUGUUUGUUUAAUAAUUAAAACACACACAUUAGAAUAAAAAAGCUUCACAUUCAAAAGAAAAAGAGCACUAGACAUACGAAACAGUAUUCCACUUACAGUGUAAUUCUAAGCACAUUAACGCAGAAGUAAGCCCAAUGAAUUCAGUGGGAUUUACUCUCAGACUGGAUAUAGGGUUGUUGUCUGAAUUAUUGCUUUUUGUUAGUCUCAUUAGCUAUAAUCACAUAACUUAAGGAUACUGAAAUUUGCAAUGCUUAGUAAGCCAAAUGUGACCCAAGCAACAAUCUGUUUAUAUUUGAUUGAACUUUUGAUACCAUAAUGUAGUCAUUUUAGAUGUUUUUCAUACUUGAAUAGAGUGCUUACAAAUAAUUUCUCACAUACAUUGUGCAAACUGUUUUGAAAAUAUGCUAAUCAAAUGUAUAUAAAUGUUUUUAAUAAAUAAUAAAUAUAUACUCUCUUGUCAGGUAAGCAAGUGCAGACAACUUCAUAAGCUGACAGUUUGCCAAAUUCCUAUCCAUGAACUAUUGCUGCUCAUGUUUCCUUUCUUCUACUCAUAAUGUUUGCUGAUCCCUCAUUCUGUCAUCAUCCUUAGCUUUGCCAAAAAGAUGAAACCCCAGGAUAUUAUUAGGACAGAGGAAAUAAACAGUAUGCAGCACUCUUAGCCUUUAAGACCAGCAUGCCAAGAAGUUCUUUGUGAUUGUAUUUGCAAUCUAAUUCUGUCAAUUGGCAACGAGGUCAGUUGCAUUCCAAAGCAAAAUGUGCCUACAAUUUUUAUAUUUAAGAGGAUGGAAAUAAAAUUAUUAUCUUUUGUUAGAUGGAGAUUUGUGUAUUUUUGUUAAAUUGCUUUCUUAAAUCUAGAGUGAAUAAAAACAGUUUUCAACCGGUCUUCUUUGUUUUUUAAUGGCUUUUUAUGCAUUGUUCAAUUAGCAACAGCUCUCAGAACAGUAUGUACAUUAAAACAGUCUAAAAACAAAAUAUACACUAUAUCACAGCUACCAACAAUAACAUAGAAACAGCAGGUCAGAAGGGGUCUCCUGGGCCAUCUAGUCCGACCCCAGGCUCCAGCUCACAACAUUACUAACCAUAAAUAGUAAUAAUGUAUAAUACUAUAAUAAAACCAAAUUAUGCUGUGCCAAUAGGAUAAAAAGCAGUUUAAAAUGCAGUACCAUUUAACAAAAUGCCAGGAAAAUAAAAAGGUUUCAUCCUGGUACCAAAAUAAGUAAGGGAUCAGUGCCAGGUGCACCUCCCUGGCAAGUUUAUAAGCUUAUACAUUUCCGUUUCUAAAAAUAAUUUUGAAUAAAGGUAAAUCUUAUUACAACCCUAUUACAAACAAGACUACAUUUACAAUUUUUAAACUAUUAACCCAAAUCAGCAAGAUAAGAUAUAAUGGAGUCAAACUUCAAUCAAAAGAUUGUGAAACAAUGACUAGUUGAAGAGAAAUCUGCACUUUGUGAUCAAAGAAAGUUUCAGGGAGGUGGCAGAGUGGAACUAAGCUGCUUAUGGUUAAAACAGGAACAUUCUUAAAGAGGUAAGGUGCACUACAGCAGUUUCCUAGAUUGGAUUCAAGUCAUACCAUACUGUGUUUUGUGGGAGUCGAUCCUCUUGAGUGAUCUCGUAGUAGUUUCAGUUCUGUAACUGCUCAUAACAAUUAUGGUUGUUUAUAAUUUCAGCAUUCCCCUUUUAAGGAAACGUAUUACCUGUUCAUUAGCUAGUAGGGAUUUUUUUUUUUUUUUGCUGUGCAGGAAAGACCUGUGCAGUAUUUACAUGAAUGGCUUGAUUGCAUGCAUACAAAAAUCUGCUAAUUUUUACAUCAAAAAGAAUACUCGGCAUAAAAGCUUGGUGGAUCUCCACUUCCCUUGCCUAAUAUAAAGUAGAAGUGGCGCCUGCCAGCAAGCCAGUGAUCCACAAUGCUGAAGUCUAAAACAUCCAGAAAUCUAUUGCUGCCCAGCUGUCAUAAAGCUGGACUGCUUAAUGCAGUUAGUAAGAGUGGGAGCUUCUGUAAAUGCCUGUACAACACGAUUUGCCCAAACACCAGCCCAUAUCGCUGCUUUUGGAGGACAUCCUCAGUGUCUCAUCUGGUUAAUUCAGUCGGGAGCUAACAUAAACAAACAGGAUUAUGUUGGUGAAACUCCUAUUCACAAAGCAGCCCGUUCUGGUAGUAUGGAGUCUAUAAGUGCUCUUGUGGCUCAUGGAGCUCAAAUAGACUUAAGAAAUGCCAGUGGCCUGACAGCAGCAGAUCUUGCACAUACCCAGGGCUUCCAGGAAUGUGCUCAGUUGCUCUUGAACCUCCAGAACUGUCCGCUGAACCAUUUCUAUAGCAAUGGCAUCUUAAAUGGGGUACAUCAGAAUAUCCCCAGUGUCCUCAAUAGAGGUAUAAGUCGAAAACGAACCUUUGAAGACAUGGAUGGUGUUGGAAGCAAGAAGGCUAGGACUGAAGGUCAACAUUUUGAUGGCUUAACGUCAAUGACUAAUGGAGGAACUGAAGAUGAUGCUGACAAUAUGCAUGUUGAUAGAGAGUUUGCUGUUAUAUCAGAUAUGAAUUGCAGUAACUCCAUAUUGAAUGCAUUGGCAAAUGGACAUAUCAUCAAUGGACACUGGGACUUCACUUCCCCAGCACAGCUCAAUGGAUUCAGUGCCAGGCGUGAAGAAUGCCUAACAUUGCUUGUAUCUAAUGCACAAGCUUCUGCUCAUAAACAUACGCUUAAUGCUGGCAACAGUGUUGAGGAACCCGAAAAAGUUUUAAAUCCUGCUUCUGAUAUGUGUGGUUCCUUGCAUCUGAAUGGAAGCCCAAGUAGCUUUGUCUCAAACAGGCCCUCGUGGGUGGAUGACGCUGGAGAUACAUUGCACUAUGGACACUACCAUGGCUUUGGGGAUACUGCUGAAAGUAUUCCUGAACUUAACAGUGUUGUUGAGCAUUCCGAUUCUGUUAAAAUUGCACAAAAAUAUGAUAAUACUGUCUUGGGUACAAUGUAUCUUUAUCAUGGUUCCUAAGUUGUUGACACUGCAUUUUGUAGAUGUCAGACACUUUGAAAAAGUACUACAAAACUAUAAUUUGGGGUGGGGGAGGUAUCUGAAGGAUGCAAUGACUAACAAGGUUUUUUUUACACAUUGUUUUAAAGAAUUUGACACUUGACAGCCUUAUGCUUAUAAUUUUGCAUGCAGAGUUCAUUAGUUUAUUUGAAUAGGUGCUUUUACAAUGGAAUGUUCUUUUUUAUGACAGGUUCUAGUUUUGUACUUUUUUAUUUGUAAGCUAUAUACACUCUAGAACAUUGUUUUCACUUUCAUUAAGCUAUUUGAAGAUUAAACUUUGUGGAAAAGUUUGUUCUUGGCGUUGGCAGAAUACGAGUCUCUGAUUUAAGUUUUCUGUUGAGACUGUGGUAACUAAUAUCAGUGCUGGCAAUGACUAUGCAAGGAGUGGAUGGUGGCCGUAAAAGCAUUUGACAUUUGCUUCUCCAAAGGAAGUGCAUUUUCUUUGAGUAAGUUAAUAAACAGCUUGACAUGCAGUAGUGAUUCAAUGGUUCCUCACAUGUUUUACUUCAUAAACUUAUAUUUAGGUGGCUGUCCGUCCAAUUUAUAGCAGCUUUUUUGUACUAUAGAAUUAGUAAAUGGGUUCCUAGUGUGUAAAUGAAAGAGGAAACGGGGGUGUUUUCCUUUCGGUUCACUGCAAAUGUAUGCAUGAUGUUUUACCAUGGCUCACAGAAUGGCAUUUUGGCACUGUUUUACUGUGUAUGUGAAUUACAGAAAUGGUUAUUUCUUCAAAUGUUGUCUGGUCAGUAUAUUUCAAGUUUGUUUUUUUACAUGCAUAUAGUUUGUUUUGUUUUUAUAAGAGAAACACAUUGGUUUCAUUUCCAACCUAAAGUAAGGGGUGGUAUACAUGUUUUAAAAAAAGAAUCCGUGGAAAUACAUUAUUUGAAGGUUAAAUAGGUUGUGUGUAUAUACAGAUAUCUGCACAUGCACUGCAAAAGCUUUGUAUCAUUACUAGUUUGUGAUUUGGGGGUAAAAAUAAGAUGAAUGAAGAAUGGGUUAAGCUAAAAAACAAACUGGUUGUGUGAUUCUA